AAUAAUUUAGACUUUACUGUUUCGUUCGACAUAAAAGGCCAUACACAAGUCUUAAAAAAAUCACUUCAACAAAUUAUCUAUCACUUCGAUAAUAACUGAACUGAAAGUAAUACUUGCCGACUACUUUGAUAGUAAAAAUGAAACUCUUACGUUUACUAAUAUUAUUCGGCUUGAUAAGUGUUUUGGUAGCUUGUGAUCGAAAGGAAUAUUACAGCGUAGUCAUAAAUACAAGUAGGCAAAUGGAAUCUUUAGAUGAAGAACAAAUGGAUAAAGUCAUGUUGGCGUUUGCUAAAAAAAAAUAUCCAAUUGAGGAUUUUUUUUAUAUGUUUAUUUCCAUACCGGAAUGGCGACCCUAUAGCCCACCAAUAAAGAUGCAAGUCCAGCGUCAAUUGCAAAAAUUAAUUGAGGAUGCGACAGAUAUCGAAGCACCUGAUGUAGCCAAAGAUUUGUAUGGUCCAAACUGUAAGUUGUCAGAAUAUGAAGCUAUAAGAAAAAGAUUGGUAACAAGUGAUCUUAUAAGAAAAUUAAUCAAAACCGAAAUGGAUAAAGAUGAAACCUCAUUAAGGCAUAUACGAUAUUUCUCGGAAGUUCCAUAUACGUGUCGCCUAAUAGCAAUGAGCAAAACUCUUAAAAAUCCAAAUAAUAUUAUAGUAGAAGAUAAUAUUAUUAAGGUCGGCGACAUCCAUAUUUGUCAACUAAAAGAUUCAGAAGGGAAUCUUAUCAGAUACAGAAGUGUAACAGGCACUAUUUGGAGAGAUAACCCUGAUGGGACUAAUAUAGAUGUGACACUAGAUUCUGAAUUAGAUUAAUUUGGAACAGCAGCUAUAAGAAUAUAUUUUUUUACAACACUAUUGGUAUUACAUUUAAAUAUUUUUUGUAUACUACACUAAUAUUCACGUUGUCGAUAAAUGUAAUGUACUCAAUAAUAAAGAGUUUCAAUCACUACUACAAA